AUGACGCCGCUCGCCGAAGGCCAAAUGACCAGCGAAAGGAAACACAACAGCACAGAUGUGGACGAGCACUUCGUCACCGAAUGUUUCUCACGGCUGACUCGCGACGAUGGCUUACCCGACGUUCCUCUUCGGCAGGCAAAUCUGCGCAAUCUUGUCAACUCUAUCUCUCCAUGGGAGCUGAUAUACCUGAAAUUGUUGAUUCGGAACACAACCGCAAAACUUGCGGAUAUGCCCGACCUUCCUGAAGAGAUAGUCGCCACAAUCUCCACCAAGCUCGACUAUCGUGACGCUCUCAACUGCACCCAAGUCUCAAAAGGAUGGCGAAGGGCCUGGACGGCUGACCUCGUUAUCAAAGACGUUGCACGAGCCCACUUCCCGGGUCUGGUCGAGUCGCAUCCCGAGGCAUCGCCCUGGUCCCUUCUUCAGCCUGUUGCGGCAAAGGCCACUGCUCGUGCACAAGGGAAAUACAUAGCGUCACUCUCCAUGACCACGGCAGGGUCCUCGUUGGCUGACUGUACCCCGCUCAAGCUCGACGAUCGCAGUCUUGAACACGCCAAGUACAAUCCCAGUCCAGCAGAACCAUCGGCUGCUCUAGACAACCAUGCCUAUUACCGCCAGUCUUACUACGGCCACGCUUAUUGCGAUGGGAGGAUUGCUUGGCAAUGGGAUGCUUUCAGCUUCUUCAUUGAUGACAUUCGUGCCAUGACCAGGACUCUAGCAUCGCCCUCGGAUCUUGUCAUCAAGGGCGAAAGAGACUUUGUCGUGUCAGGGUUGUCGAAAAAGCUUCUAGUUCUCGCCAACUCCAGGACGGAAAGGGCCUUGAUUGUCUACCACCUCGAAAAGAACCAGUACCGACGAGUGACCUUGCCAUCUCGAAUGCAUGAAAUCAACCUCCACAACGAGACCUUUGUGGUCACUUUUAACAAAUCCCGUGCUAAUGCAGACCCCCAUGUAUGGCGAUGGGGAGGUGGCCUUGCCAAGCUGAAAGCCCCCGAUUUCCCCGAGACCACCAAGGACCUUGACGGACUCUUCUUCGAACACCUUCCAUUAGAUAUAACCCGUGAAGUGCGCUUCAUUUUCCACCCGGCCAAUGACAACUUUGUCUACCUCGUCACUGCUUUCUUCGUCUUGCUGGUACACAAAGCUCUGGGUAGCUCCAGUGAGCAAGAGUCGGAUGUUUCUGAUACCGAGCAUAUUGAACCUCGUAAAUCCGUCAUCGUGGUGUACAAGUUUGACAACAUAAAGUGCGUGCAGACGUUCAGCUACGAGACCACUGUGUUCGACCGAUCAGGAUCUCUUCGGUUGCCACUACGUUGCCAGCAGAUGAAUUCCUAUGGGCUCUACAACCUUGGAGUCUUGUUCGAACAUACCUCUGCCAAUGCUGAUCACUGCAAGGCUACUGGUGUAAGGUCUGCGACCACGCCAAGCAUGACACUCUUCCAAAUCAAUUUCGAUACGGUUAAUGAGACUUUCUCAAACAACAUUCAGGAGCUCAGUGGGCUGCGUCGACCACUUUGGGAUGCCCGCAACUGGGAACCGGCGCUUUCAGGUGGUGUUGUGUGGAAUGAUCUCAUCUACUACAUACAGAACGGUACCGCCCGUAUGGGGAAUGAUGCUUCCUUGGGCUGGAAGUCCAGAAUCGAAAUCCGGGGCGUCAGAGCAUUAUGCAUUGCCGACGGCUCGUCAACGCUGAUUGUCGACGAAGAUUCGCCUUGGUUCAGUGAGGAGGAGGGUUCUCGAAGCAUUGCGGUGGACGACGAUUUCUUAGUGGUAAUUUCCGAUAAAGGUUAUGAUGCGUGGAACUUUGGAGACUCUGGCUUGAGAGACAAGCCGUGGAGACGCAGCGCCGGACCCCUGUGGCGGCUGCGUCUUACAACCCAGGACACUGAUUGCCCCGUCCAAGGCUGCAGCUGUCCGGACAAUAAUACUAGCUGCCGUAUAUUUGGAGGCUAA